AUGGCGCUCUCCAUACCUGACAAGACCCUCGUAUCCUGGCUGAUCGCCUGGACCUUGGCCUCCACAGUCUCCACGCUUCUGCUCUACAUUGCCACCAACGAGUUUGUCCGCUACUAUAACAGGAUACCCAAUCUCCCAGGCCCCCGUGGGUGGCCCCUCGUCGGCAGCCUCCCCUACUUGUCAAGCCGGAUUCCCGCUGAGGAAUAUCGCCGAUGGGCGUCAAGGUAUGGCGACGUCUUCCAGGUACAGCUGGGAAACACCACAACCGUCGUGGUGAACAGCGCUUCCGCUGCCAGGGCCUUCUUCAUCUCUCAGCGGGAGGCUACCAACGGACGCCCAAAGUUCUACGUCUUGCAUAACAAGGUCCAGAAGGGAAGCUCUGUCACGAGCAUCGGAACCAGCGGAUGGGACCACAGCUGCAAGAGGCGUCGGAAGAUUGCUGCCACAGCGUUGAACAAGGCCAGCGUUGAGAGUUAUCUACCUAUCUUGGACCUGGAGUCGCGGGCUUUCCUGCAAGACCUCAUCACAGCAUCGCGAGGCGGAACGGAGAGCUCGAUCAAUGUACUGGACGCAUGUCACAAGUUUGCUCUCAAUCUGAGCUUGACCUUGAGCUACGGGACAAGGGUCGACGAUGUCAAGGACUUGCACGACGAUCUCCUACUCUCCGAGAUCCUGUACAUCGAAGAGAUGAUUAUGAAGUAUAGAGACAUAUCGGGAAACUACCUGAACUACAUCCCGCUACUCAGACCGUUCAGCCGUCUGUCCGAGAUGCUUGGUCUGUCCAAGGGGGAGAAGCUGAUGGCAAGCGUGGGAAAGCGUAGCAUUCAAGGCAAUGUCCUCAAAGAUCCGGAGAGCAAGGGCCUAUCCGAGGGAGAACUCCUCAGCAUCAGUAUGAGCAUGAUGGCUGGAUCGGACACGACGAAGCGCUCUCUUCUCUGGUCGAUGCAGAUACUCGCCCAUCGUCAAGAUAUCCAAGAAAAGGCAUUCCAGUCAAUAAGAGAGCAAGGGAGCGGUAUCCUGACGUCGCCCAACGUGGCCCACACCAAUAUCGCCUAUAUCGAAGCUCUUGUGAAGGAAAUCGGCCGCUACUUCGUUGUCCUGCGGCUCGCUCUGCCCAAGGCGACCCACGGAACGGUAAAGUGGGAGGGCGCGAGCAUCCCGCCCAACACGAUGCUCCUCCUCAAUACCUGGGCAUGCAAUAGAGGUAUCAAUACCGAUCGACUACCCUGCAUGGUAGCAGUUCCGCUUGAGAAGAUGACGGUGACGCUGACAAGGAAGACGAACCCAGAUACGGAAGUAUUUCCCGAUGCGAACGUUUUCGAUCCUCAGAGGUGGCUUGAUGGAGACUCCCUGCACCGUCACCAGUUUGCAUUCGGCAUGGGCGGUCGCAUGUGUGUUGCCAGCCAUGUUGCCUCGAAGGCACUAUACACCGUCUUGCUUCACCUGAUUGCACAUUUCAAGAUUCUUCCCGAGGACGGUGCUUUGGAUUCGACGGAUUGCGACCCUCUGGAGGGUCUGCUUAGCAAGGGAAAUCACCAGGCGGCGCCUGCUGCUACUCGUGUGAAGCUGGAGGUCCGGGAUGUUGGACUCGCAGCUUGA